GAUUUAUGUGGGCAUCAUUCAUGUGAUACUCUGGGAAUGGCGGACGUUGGGACCAUAUGCUCUCCUGAGCGCAGCUGUGCAGUGAUUGAAGAUGACGGCCUCCAUGCAGCUUUUACAGUGGCUCACGAAAUUGGGCACUUGCUUGGGCUUUCCCAUGAUGACUCCAAAUUUUGUGAGGAGAACUUUGGCUCCAUGGAAGAUAAGCGCUUGAUGUCCUCCAUUCUGACUAGCAUCGAUGCUUCAAAACCUUGGUCCAAAUGCACUUCAGCAACCAUAACCGAAUUUUUCGAUGAUGGUCAUGGUAACUGUUUACUGGACCAACCGAGAAAGCAGAUCCUGGGCCCCGAGGAGCUCCCAGGACAAACCUACGAUGCCAUUCGUCAGUGCAAACUGGCGUUUGGACCUGAAUACACAGUGUGUCCUGGUAUGGAUGUGUGCUCUCGCCUCUGGUGUGCAGUUGUGCGCCAAGGUCAGAUGGUAUGUCUGACGAAGAAGCUGCCUGCUGUGGAGGGAACGCCAUGUGGAAAAGGGAGGAUCUGCCUCCAGGGAAAAUGUGUUGACAAAACCAAGAAGAAAUACUACUCAGCUUCAAGCCAUGGUAACUGGGGGUCCUGGGGACCUUGGGGACAGUGUUCCCGUACCUGUGGUGGAGGAGUUCAGUUUGCUUAUCGUCACUGCAAUAACCCAGCUCCUAGAAACAACGGCCGGUACUGCACUGGCAAGAGGGCCAUCUACCGCUCCUGCAACGUCACGCCCUGCCCAGCAAAUGCUAAAUCUUUUCGACAAGAGCAAUGUGAAGCAAGGAAUGGCUAUCAGUCAGAUGCAAAAGGUGUCAAGACAUUUGUUGAAUGGGUCCCCAAAUACGCUGGAGUACUUCCCGGAGACGUCUGCAAGCUUACCUGCCGAGCCAAAGGAACUGGCUAUUAUGUGGUAUUUUCUCAGAAGGUAACUGAUGGUACUGAAUGUCGACCGUACAGUAAUUCAGUCUGCGUCCGGGGAAAAUGCAUCCGAACUGGUUGUGAUGGCAUCAUCGGUUCAAAGCUCCAGUAUGACAAAUGUGGGGUGUGUGGAGGAGACAAUUCCAGCUGCACAAAAGUCAUGGGAACAUUUACCAAAAAGAGCAAGGGCUACACAGAUAUAGUGAAAAUCCCAGAAGGGGCAACACACAUCAAAGUUCGUCAGUUCAAGACUAAGGACCAGAGCAGGUUCACUGCCUACCUGGCCCUGAAAAAGAAAAAUGGUGAGUACCUUGUCAAUGGAAAAUAUAUGAUCUCCACUUCAGAAACAAUAAUUGACAUCAACGGGACUGUCAUGAACUACAGUGGCUGGAGUCACAAAGAUGAUUUCUUGCACGCAAUGGGACACUCUGCCACAAAAGAGGUUCUUAUUGUGCAAAUACUUGCAACUGAUCCAACUCAACCCGUGGAUGUUCGCUAUAGUUUCUUCGUGCCAAAGAAGCAAGGGCAAAUGACUAACUCUGUCACCAGCAGUGGCAGCAGCAGCAGCAAAGUAACUCCACAGCUUAUGGAACCCCGCUGGGUUACGGGGCCGUGGCUUUCUUGUUCUCGAACAUGCGACACAGGAUGGCACACCAGGACUGUCCAGUGCAAAGACGGACAUGGAAAAUUAGCUAAGGGAUGUCUUCUCUCUCAGAGACCAUCAGCAUUUAAACAGUGCUUGUUGAAAAAGUGUUAA